CGGAGCUACGUCGAUUAGGCAAGGAGUACACUCUCAAGGCCCACCGACAUCACAACCACUUCCUCCUCUUACGUCGCAAUCAUGAAGACUCUCGACCUGAAGCUCACCUCGAUCGGCGACGGCGACUCCAUCGUCGAGCGCUUCGUCAAGCUCACGGCAGCUUCUCCUCUCACCAUAGGUCGCGCUUCGCGGAACCGCGACAUCGAAGCGUCUGCUGCCAACGCAGCCAUCGACAACCCCGUCGUCUCCAAGCAGCAUGCUGUCAUCAGAACCGACCCCGAUUGCAAGAUCGUUUACAUCAGAGAUAUGCAAUCCAUGCAUGGAACUAAGGUAGACGAAUAUGUCCUUUCCAAGGGUGAAGAGGUAGCAUUCGGUUCGGGCGCGCGUUUGCAGUUCGGUACCACCGUUAUCCACGGCGAGCGCACCUUCGUCCCUGCUACUUAUAAAGUCGAUUUCAAGCCCGCAGACCUUGCGCUCCCCAUCGACCAGACCUCGUUGCCUGAUUCCGACCUCAAGCAGGGCUACACUGAUUACACAAAGUCCGACUACUCCACGGAUUCCGACUCUGACGAAGAAUUAUCUACUGCUAUGGAUGCUACUAGCCCUGUCGUGUCGGCCACCGAGCACUCCGCCACCAGUGAAGCGCAGGCUCUUUUUACUGCAUGGGAUAAUUAUGCGGAUCGUUGGAGCAACUCUGAGGCGGACGACGACUCUGAGCAGGACUCAUGCCCUGACGGAGAUAUAGAUGAUUAUCCCGAUGAAGAGUCAGUAUCGGGCGACUCUGAUAUCGACGAAGAUGAGGACAACCACUCCGGCGGCUUCCCUGCCACACCUCGGGAAGCAUCGGUUGAGAUUGCCCCCACUUCUGCCCAGACGGUCACGGUGCUUGACCUUACUGAUAAGGACGAUGGAGACCACGAACGCACCGAAGCCCCGAAGUCGCUCUAUAACAACCAAUCCGCCUGGGAUAUCACUGCCGGAAGCAACCAAGGUCAUGAAUCUUCCGAGACUUCGAAGUCGAUUUUCGACAACUGUUACAACUGGGGCGAUACACCUACCAUCAACAGCCAAUGGAUCGACAACUCGGCGAGAGAACCCUCUGCGAAGUAUGUUUCCCCUUACAAUGCUACCGAUAUGAGCUCUAUCGUAGCCGACGAGGCAUCUGUCGCCGCCUACGCGGCUUCUGCCGCCGCCAACAUGAAGGCUGAAACGACCCCCGAGCCCUUCAAGGUGAGCUUUGGUCUUGCGCUUAAGGACGGCUACAAUCGCUUGGCCGAGGAAUUCGAUACCAUGCCCUAUGCGCCCAAGUACGGGUACGAUGGGUUGCCCCAACAGAAGCCUUUCAUGAACGCGAUUUCUGAUAUUGUUGAGGGAGCCCCGGUCACUAAAAAUAGCACUGCGCCUACUGCUGGCUCUAAGAGGAAGGCUUCGGAGGCAGAGCUCGAGGACCAAGACCAGGCGCAUUGGGCACACACAGUCAGCUCUGCUCGUACUCCGGAGGAGGAUGAGUCCAUGCUGGAGGCGAAGAUGAAGGAGCGUUUGGCGUAUGCCAUGGAGCACGACUACACUCUUGAUCAAUGCCUUAAAGAGCUGAGAGGCAUGGUCCCGCCUGCAAAGCCCGCCGACAUGAAGUUCGGACUCCCCCAUCAGAUGAAGAGGUUCAAGAUUCAAUCCAAGUGGAUCGCCAAGGCUAGGGAGAGUUACUUCACUUCGAAGGACCUGGACUCGGCUGAUGCCUCUGGCAAGCAUGCUGUUGGCAAGUCCUCAAUGGCAGAGGCUUCUAGUACUCAACCUGCAAUCGAGCAAUCUGCUACCCCUACAGCCAAGCCCUUCAAGACCCUCAGUGUUCAGCCUCGCGGAAAUCUGGCGGAAGUUACUGGAACUUCUGCUAUGGUUACGCAGCAGCCCCCUAAGAAGCGCACUACUACGAACUUCCUCAGCCGCGCUCGCGACGGUGCCGUGGGCUUCGUCAUUGGUGGUGCUGUCAUGUUUGGUGCUCUCGCCAACUUGCCCGAAUCUCUUUUCGCUUGAGCCUAGAGGUUCAUAGGGUCUGCAGAAAAGUGGACACGUUCGGCAUGCCUGGGGAUCCGCCAUCGAGUCUCUCCACGCAUCGACUUGCCUGUAAG